AUGUUCCCUCACCAGGGCGGCCACGGUCAGCUUCCCACCCACUGGCAGCCGCCGACCUCGCAGCAGCCUGCCAACGGCGCCUACCCUCCGCCAGCUCAUAUCAACACCACUCUCCCUCCUCCUCCCCAUCCGCAAGAGCCUCGCCCCGACAUGGCCGCUCACCAACACCCUCAACACCAGCAGCCGUACCGUCUCCCGGGACCUCAUGAGUGGACGCGGGCGCCUCCUCCGCCAGACCCGUACCGAGGGCAACCGCCUCCGCCCAACUACCAGCAUCACCAACCUCCUGCACCGCGCCAGCGAACCGCAAUUGCCUGCCGCUACUGCAGGAGACGCAAGAUCCGGUGCUCAGGCUUCGAGGCCACCGAGGACGGCCGCUGCUCAAACUGCAUGAGGUUCAACCAGGACUGCAUCUUCACGCCCGUGUCUGCGCAGACGCAGGCCUUUGUUCCCGCGCACACUGUUUGGCGUGGAGUCGGGCAGCCUCCGCCAAUGUACGGCGCAUAUGGGCAACCGCUCCCACCGGCGGGCCAUGCGGAACCGUAUGCCCAGCCCCCGCGUGGGCAGCAAUAUUUGCCUAGCCCUACAGGCGCCCCAGGUCCGUACCAAGCUCCUUCUACCUUUGGUCCAUCUGCUCCGUACGAUGAUGCGAGCCGUGAUCCGCUGAGCGGCAGGAAGAGGCCCUACCCAGAGCCUCACACUCCGACCCUGCCUCCGCCAAACCCCGGCUCAGCGUCACAGCUCCCUCAUCGGGGCGCUGGACAAGACUAUAGCUAUGCAGAACCGCCGUCUCUAACCAGCGCUGCGUCUCCAGCGAGCUCUUCAGCAUCGUAUCCCUCGGCUCCUCCACCACCAGCUACUCAGCCGUAUUAUGGUGCCCAGCAACCUCGUCGAGCAUCUCCGCAGGGUGCUUACCCAUAUGAUGCGAAUCGCGCCUCGUCUUCACCGCAUGCGCAUGCCCCAACAACACCGGGUGCCUCGCCGUACUACUCAGCUCCUCCCCAGACUAACGGCGCACUGCACCCUAUGCCACCCCGGAGCGACGGCCCGACCCCGCCGCCAACCUCGCAGCCGUCCAGUAGACCGGGUAUGCGCAUCAACGACCUCGUCAGCGACAACGGCAACGGACGCAGCUCGACCGAUUCCAACAUGCUCAACAUGCUCAAUCGCCGGCCCAUGUAG